GAGGUAUUUAUACCAGCGGCUGAAAAGGACAGGAUAUCAGUUUCAGCUGAGCCUCGAUACAGACGACAUGAACGCCAAGGUCAUUUUGGUUCUUCUGGGCCUGGCAGCCUUUGCUGCCGCUGACAGCAGGGAGACCUAUGCUUAUGCAGCACCCAGGGCCUCAUCAGCCUCAAGGGAAUCCUUCGAAUCCUUUGAAUCGGGCGAAGCCAAGUACAACUUCAACUGGGCCGUCGACCACGAUCCUUCCAGCAACGAAUUCGGACACCAGGAGGCCCGCGACGGCGAGAACACCCAGGGAUCCUACUACGUCCAGCUCCCCGACGGCCGCCUGCAGAAGGUGGCCUUCCACGUCGACGGCGAUGACGGAUAUGUUGCUGAGGUCACCUACUCCGGUGAGGCUCAGUUCCCCGACUCCGACGAAUCCUUCGAGUCCCGUGAGGCUCCCAGGAGGACCUACUACGCCCCUGACUCCAACGAAUCCAAGUAAAUAAGGGUUUCCUUAUUUCACUUCCUUAAGAAAUCCGGUAUCGUUGCAUGAUGUGAAUUGUGAUACCUUAUUUAUCAUUUAUUUAUUUAUUUGUUUAUCUAUGUAUUUAUGAAAUAAACGAAAAUACCUGCUGAAUGAA